GCCUGGAUCAGACAGGGCGAAGCGUCGGCUCGGCUGGUGCGUCUCUUAUCCGGCCGAGCGUUACGGACUAUGAGCGGAUAAGCGCACUUUCAGCUUUCACGGAUUUCUCAUUAAUAUUUUUUUUUUUACUAAUGGUGGCGGAUUAGACGGACUCUCGACCGUCCAUCCACCAGCGUACCAUGAUGAGUGGCGCCCUCAAGAGGAAGUUUGAGGAGGUUGACGAGGACCCCUGCUACUCGUCCUCUUCCCCUUCGUCGCUGUCCUCCUCGGCCUGCUCGGAGUGGGAGUCCGACGGGGAGGCCUGCUACUCUGAUACCCAGGAUUCCAGGCCGAGCAGCCCCAGCUCGCUGGCUGCACACGUGCCCCCCACGCCCAUCCUGAAGAAGACCAAGAGGUCGCGGAAGGGCAAUGUGCAGUUCGACCGGGUCACUGUCUUCUUCUUCCAGCGGUGCCAGGGCUUCACCAGUGUGCCCAGCAGGGGGGGCUGUACCCUGGGCAUGGUGCGCCAGCACAGCGCCCGUCGCCAUUACACGCUGGCCGAGUUCGCUCAGGAGCAGCGGCGGCUACGACGUGAGAAGCUGAGGAGCCGGCUGAGGGAGGAGAAACUGGAGGCGCUUAAGAUGAAGCUGACGAAUAAUGGAACCCGGGAGUCAGAGGAGGCCGAGCGGCUGACGCUGGAUGAUAUCCCCGAGGAUGAGGUCGACGUGAGCAGCCUGGGCCUGGAGGACAGCUCCUUCCUGCACCCGUACCCCUCAAAGCGGAGACACGCCCUGCUCAAGGCAGCCGGCGUCAAGAAGAUUGACCGUGACGAGAAGAGGCAGCUGCAUGACAUCCGUCUCUCGCGGGAGGACUGCGGCUGCAGCUGCCAGGGGUUCUGCGAACCCGAAACCUGCGCCUGCAGCCUGGCUGGCAUCAAGUGCCAGAUGGACCACUCCUCCUUCCCCUGUGGCUGUACAAAGGAUGGAUGCGGCAACACAGAAGGCCGCGUCGAGUUCAACUCCAGCCGCGUCCAGACGCACUACAUCCACACUAUCAUGAAGCUGGAACUGGAGAAGCGCUUAGAGGAGAGUUCCAGUGCUGAGGCCGGUGCCCAGCCAGCCGGCUCGCCGGGCCGGGGAGCUGCCUUUGGCUUUGCCCCCGAAGAGGCACCCGCGUUCCAUUUCAGCCCAGAGCUAGCGGCGGCCGGCGAGAACAGCUGCAGCAGCGACAUGACGGACUCGUCCAGCUCGUCCGGCCAGAGCGAGGACUCUGAGACGGCGGGCGGCCCACAGCUUCAGCAGCCGCAGCUGGACGUGGACGACAACGGACUGGCUCGCAUUCUCAGCUUCAGCGACUCGGACAGCGAGGACGGCAGCGGCAGCGAGGGCGACGUUCUAGGUGGGCCGCAGCAGCCCACUCUGUCAUCCGUGGGCUUGGGGGAGGUGGACUUCUUCCAUGACAACGACGGAGCGCCUAGCAAGCACUCUGACAAUCGGGGUUCGUCCAUCUCGGAUUAUUUGGACGAGAACGCCAACCAGGCCUCUACACUUUUCUCUGGGGGCUCCACCCAGGACUAUCCCAGCACCCCCUCCCCCUCCAUCAAUUACUCCAAGAGUUACAUGGACCUCAGCCUGUCCUCGGACUCUGACCUGGAGUUUUUCGACAACUUUCCAGACUAUAGCUCCGGGUCCCUGUUUAACUCGCUGAAAGACUAUGAUCACUUGGACAAUUUCUUCCACUUCCAGCUGCCUAGCUAUCCCAGCAUCCCCCAGGGUAACGAUCCAGGAACCUGCUUCCUCGACUCCCUGAUAGGCUUGUCCGAAUCCGUCCCGGAACCCCAGACCACCUUCGCGGACAAUCAGCUGUUGGAAGAAGCCAUCAAGUCCUCCAUGGUGGAGUCUGUGAAAGUAUAACGCGAUUGGUCGAUCGUCGACGAACAUUUAAGCGGUUUCCCUUUUAAUCGCCAAGUGUUUCUAUAAAGGCAGCUGUGAUAUUUUCUUUUAAACUUUGCUAAUAAUAUUAUUGGUUCUUCGAAUGUCAGCAAUUGCCACACGUUAAACCGUACAUUAAACCCACACAUCACCAAAGCCAAUGACAAAAAUCCAUUUGAAAACACAGCCUCUUUUUCAGUUAUCUUUCAAUAUCCUACCACAACUAUCUCACUCGCGCCCACCCCCCAAAAUAUUUUCCCGGACUUGCACCUACUCUACAGGCCCGUUCCUUUUAGUCUUUCUGGAUUGUCGCUGAAAUUGCUCCUCAGGGACUGUUUCCGAAGUCUUGAAAUGCAUCGUGACCAUCGCUGUGAUGAAUCCCGAGUGUUUACACAAGCGGUCCCCAGAGCGCCCUCUCCUGUUCAUCUGAUCACAUUGACGGAGACCUUCUGCAGCUUCAUUCCAGAACUGGAAGCAAUUGCAAUUAUGUUCCAGUCUUCUGUCUGUCUCUCUCUAUCUCUUUUUUAAGUCUUAAGCGUCUCCCUGAUCAGCACUCCACUCGCGAGUUAAUAGAAAGUUACGCUGAGCAGACUGUGCCCCCGCCUGCUCAAUCGGCCAAAGUGUUACACACAAUACACUAUACUGAGCAUUUAAUUUAUUAAGAGAUACCCGUGUAUUACAGUUAAGUCCCGUCGUGACAGAAUAAUAGAGCUGUAAUACCUCUCUGUAAUACAGUGUUUUAAUUUAUUUUGUAUAUCUAUUUAUUUAUAUUUCUAAAAGCCACACUCAGCAGAAGUCCAGUUAGGCACUGUGGUUUGUUAUUGUUAACCUGCAAGUGCAAUGUUCUAUUAAGUACCUCUCUCCCAUGACUAAACACUGUGUUCACCUCUACUAGUUCGCGUUACUAGUUCAGUGUUUAGCUUCGAGGGACAGGGCUACAAUUUUUUUCCCUUUAACGUUAACAUUUUUUAAAUUUGUAAGACCUGGAAGAUAUUUAAGAGCAUACAUGCAAUCAGAAUUUCAUUUUAAGUUAUUUCAUACAUUUUUAACUUAUUAAAUUCGUUUUUUUUUUUUUGAUAGCCGGCGACCUUUUGUGCCUGUUAUACGGAGGAACCAUAUAUCUCAGUCCGCUGUACACAGAGGGCCUUAUUUUGCUGUCGGACUGAACUUUGUAGCCUACCUAUUUGUUAAAUUAAUACUAUGGGUAUAUUGCGCUAUCGUGUUUAUGCAUACAAGACAAAAAAAACAAAUUGUACAUACUCAAUUUUUGUAACUAAAUUGUGAAUAUGAAAGAAAGCAUUGUAAUCUCCAUCACUGAUAGAAAUUAUUUUAGUAGGAACUAAAACUAAUAUCUUUUUUGAACAUUUUGGAACAUUUCUAUAAUCUUAGAUUGAUAUGCAGGAUAGUUGGAAGCAAUUACCAAGCACUAACUCGCAACUGCAGUUUUUGCAUUGUCUAAAGAGAAUACAUUGUUUUAUUUCGUUUGCGUAAUUCCGUGUCAAUCAAAUGGGGAUGCGUUUAACCACGCCUGUGUGAUGAAGAUUAAACUAUAUAGCUGAACUGUUUUUAAACUGCGUGAAACGAAGGUUUCAUUUUUGUGUCAUGCAAAAUAUACUGUGGUCCCUGAAUAUAAAACUGGCUCCAUUGCCGGCUUUGAAACGACAGCAUUGGCUCUGAAAGGCAGUAAUGCAUUAUGAAAAGUAGUCAGCAUCUAGACUACCUAUGGAAACUCUGCCGAGGCGUGUAGGUCAAACACUUAAUUAUACAUUCCUUGGUUUCUCUGCACUGUUAAUAGUAUGAAAAUGCAAAGUGAGCCUUUUGAAAUUAUAUAGCUUUUACCGUCCAAUACUUUCACUUUUAUUUAUUGGAUUAAUUUUAGUGCCCACAAGAAGGCGCUACAUUUUGUAAAUAAACUUCUUUCCCCUUGUAUAAAUGCAUUGUUCAUUAUAAGGAAACAAGAAUUCUGGGUAUUUAUUAAUGUAAUCUAUUAUUAUUGUAUACAUCGAUCAGAGGCUUUGCUUAUUUUUUCCCAACCUUUUUCUUUUACGGUUGUGUUUUAUUUUUCUGCUUAAAUGGUACUGCCGAGAAAAAAAAGAGCUGCUUUAUUUUUUACAUUUGCAUCAUAAUCAAGCUGUUUAUAAAAGCCGUUUGCGUUUUGUCCAAGCAAUAUGACAAUGUUUCUAUCACUUAAAAUAAAUGUUCAACAUUUUGUUAUA